GAGAGAGAGAGAGCGAGAGAGGGAGAUAGAGAGACCCCCGGUAGUGACGGAGGCUCUCCGGUACUUGGAGGUGUUUUGCAGAUGGAGGUUUCGGUUUCGGGGUCCACCGAGCCUCUGUUUAUCAAUCAGCACUGAUCGAUUAUUGAUGCCACCGCUGCGCAGCCGCCCCCCCCGCGCCCACCCCCGCGACCCCCGUCCUCCAUCACAUCCAUGUUCUCUCACCGGAGGAUGAGUCGGUAGGUGGCUAACAGCGAGCUAACGUUACCGAGCAGGCUGCACCGGGCGGGUUUUUCUCAUGUCUCUUCAUGUUCUGACGUCGUUCCGAGGAGCCGUUACCGUCCGGACCGGCUGUGGGUCCGUGCUCGGUGGGGAGUCCCGUUAGCGGGGAGGAUGCAGCAGCUAGCCUCCGUUAGCUCCGCAGCUGUUUAUUUAUCUCGCUGUUAUGUAAGUGCGGAGCGCGUUUAGCCGCCGAGCUAACGUUUUGCCUGUCAGCAUGAAUGACGCGCAGCAAGACCUGUCUCCAGACUUCGUCCUGAUGCGGCUUGUGUCCGCGGCCGAGUAUGACAGGCUGGACGAGCCCGACGACCUGAUGUCCGGCGGCGGCGGCGGCUUCGGGCCCGUUAAGUCCGUGCUGGGUCACCACGGCGGCGGCUUUGAUCUGGACCCCAGCGGCCCCUCGCCAGGCCUCGGCUCGGCCUCCCCGCACUACAGCUCGCCGCUUCCCGGGAAAGGCGAGCUGGACGGCGGGCUGAUGCUGACGCAGGCCUCGCCGGGAUCGGAGGCUCCGCUGUCCCCUCCGCCGCCGGAAGACUUUGCCGUAGCGGCCCAGAGGUUUGUGGACUACCCGGUGCAGCACGGCUCGGCGGGGCACGGGUCGAGGGCUCAGCUGAUGGUGUUCCAGAACCUGCUGCGGUCCGGUGACCGGAUUCUGGAGUGCGGACUCGAGCAGCCGCCCCCGGGGUUUCUGCAGGAGGAGGCAGAGAAGCAGAGACAGCAGCUGGACCCAGGAUCCGGUCCUGGUAGCACAACAGCUGGUCCCGGGCCUGGAGGCGGCAGGGACCAGAACUCACACUGCAUCCCCUCUGCAGAGGAAAACCUGCACCCGCAGCCACAGAUCCUCCAGUGGCACCCGGUCCUCAGACUGUCUAAGGGGACUGAUGGAUCUCAGAUGUCACAGGGCGACCCAGGUCUGGACCCUGAGCCUGGGUCAGCCCUUUGCCACCGACACCGUCUGUUGACUGACAGACUGGCUAAAUGGCCCCCGGGCCUGCUAGACCAAGCACUCCGUUUGGGCCUGCUGGACCCCAGGAAGACCUGCCCCUCUGGGGGGGAAGACCCAGUCCUGGCUCUGGCCCGAAGGCUGGGACAGCUGAGUGAGGGGAGGGAGGGAGGUCGAGGAGGAGGUGGGGGAUGCUCGUGUCACAGUGUGCUGGCCUCGGGUACUGGGGGCGAGGACCCGAGUGAGACCAGUGACGCCUUGCUGGUCCUGGAAGGUCUGGGGUCUGAAGAGGUUGGUGGGCUGCAUGAGGGAGGGGACAGGGACUUUGGGGAUACUGAGAAAGUAGAGAGGAUAGGGGUUGGAGGGGGGACGUCUGUGGAGGCGGGGCCUGUGUUCUCCAGUGGGACUCUGAGCGGUCUGAUGCGGCAGGUCCACAGGCUGGCAGAGGAGGCAGGGGUCUGCACCGAUCAGUCCUGCAGAUCCUCACUUGCGGUCCUGGGUGCUGCGGUGUCCCUCCCAACCUGUGUAGACCCCCGGCCCCUCAUCGGUAGCACCAACCCCCCCGGCUCGUACCCGCCUCUCCACACACAGCCCCCCCAGGCUGCAGCAGCCCUCAGCGGUCUCCAGGUGUCCCCCGAAUCGCCCCCGACCUGCAUCCUCGCCCCGAGCCCCCGCCCCCCCCACCAGCACCAGUCCCGCUCCCAGCCCCAAAGCCGCGCCACCACCCCCAAACUCGGAUUGGCCUCGGGCGGAGCGGGCCGCUGCGCCUCCCCCCUGGUGGUCCUUGAGGGGGACGGGGGGAAAGAGGGGGAGAAGACGCCACGGGGGAAGUCCAGGAAAGGAGGAUCCCUAAAGGUCCGGCUCAGUAAGCUGUUCCGGACCAAGAGCUCCAGCGGGGGUUCAGGGGGGCUGCUGGACAAGAGGCCAUCCCUGGCGUCGUCGACUUCGUCAGGGGGGAGUCUGCUGGACGUGUGGGGGUCGACCUGCAGCACCGCCGAGCAGGACAGCAGCAGGCUGCAGGUCAGACCUCACAGUGCCUUCUCUCCGGUGCCCUUCACUCCUGCUUUCACCGGUGAGACGGUGUCUCUGGUUGAUGUGGAUAUUUCUCGAAGGGGUUUGAACCCUCUUCACCCCCCUACGCCUCCCCCCCCACCCAGACGGAGCCUCAGUCUGCUCGAUGAUUUCGGGGGUCCUCCUCAGCUGCAGGGUCAGUUCGGUGAGCGCAGUGUGGGGGCUUCCAUGCAGUCUCUGCCACCCAGACCGAUGGCCCUGCCCCCCUCUCUUAGCACCAUUCAACACAGCCUGAGCCUCAACGACGCCUUCCUGAGAGGUUUACCCAGACCCAUCCCUCUGCGUCCCAACGGCCAGCAACUCCCGCCCCGACUGGCCCCUCGCUGCCCGCUCAGUCGACCCGAUGCCGGCAGCUUUGCCACUAGCCUCAGAGAACUGGAGAAGUGCGGAUGGUACUGGGGCCCGAUGAACUGGGAGGAUGCAGAGAUGAAGCUGAAGGGGAAACCCGACGGGUCGUUUCUGGUUCGGGACAGUUCAGACCCGCGAUACAUCCUGAGUCUGAGCUUCAGGUCGCAGGGAGUCACACACCACACACGCAUGGAGCACUACAGAGGGACGUUCAGUCUGUGGUGUCAUCCGAAGUUUGAGGAUCGAUGUCACUCUGUGGUUGAGUUCAUAGAAAGAGCCAUCAUGCACUCAAAGAACGGAAAGUUUCUCUACUUCCUGCGCUCCAGAGUCCCCGGUCUGCCCCCGACCCCGGUCCAGCUCCUGUACCCGGUCUCCAGGUUCAGCAGCGUGAAGUCUCUGCAGCAUCUUUGUCGCUUCUGUAUCAGACAGCUGGUCCGCAUCGACCACAUCCAGGAGCUGCCGCUGCCCACGCCUCUGAUCUCGUACCUGAGGAAGUUUUAUUACUACGACCCCGAGGAGGAGAUCAGCCCCCCUCUGAAGGAGAGGGGGGCGGAGCCAAGCAGCCAGCCGGGGGUCCCGUCUCAAACGUAGCACUGGAGGCUCAGAGGACCACUCUUUUUCCUUUCUCUGAUUUUUCUGCGUUUUUUUUGGACACUCGAUCACUGAAGGACGUUCAACUAUUCAAACCGGACUCAGAGUGCAGCCAAUCAGCUCUCUUUGCUCGGUCCUGUAUCCAGGCGGGUUUCAGAUGAUCCGCCCUCCUCUGAGCGCACAGAUGAGUUCACGGCGAGUCGACAGGGGAGGGACCGGGGAUGUGGAGACGCCGCCUCUCUCAAAUGAUGUCAUCACUGAGCAGCUGGACUAAAGGACACAUGACAUCACUGUUAGCUAAAGACGCUAAAUCGCUAAAAACAACAAAAACAAAACAAAGAACCUCGGAGAGAGGAGACACUUUUUAGUCGCCUCUGGGAUCCUUUACUGUCCGACACACACCUGGAGAUUUCAAACCUGCUGCGACCUACACUGUAAAAAGUUCACCGUGACGCCGGGGGUCUUUCUCAGAGCAGCGGUUGGUUCAAUUCCACAGAUCGAGUUGAUUCAAAACUCCAGAAACCAGGAGGAUAAAUGUCGCUUAGUCCUUCACCUGUCAUGUGAUACAACAGGUCAAAUAGCUACGAGUUUGAAUGCUGCUAUCAGCAGUUCUAACCUGUACAAAUGCACUGUAUCUAAAACCAGCUCCUGGAGCAUUGUGGGUAAAAUGAGCAGAUCAGAUUUUGCUGUCAAUCAGAAUACGUUAAAGGGAAAAAAAAAACUUGAGUUUAUCUUUAAAAAUGGAUUCUAGAACAAAACCACCAACACGGCAAUAAAUAAAAAAAAGUUUAUUAAAAUAAAAUAAAUGUUUAUAGAAAAAUCAAAAAUACAAUUCAAGACCCUUUACUCUGUAAAUCCAACACAAUACUUUUAUUAAGCUUCUUCUACCAGGGAUGCUGCUUAAGUUACGCUCUGAUGGUGAUUGGCCAAAAAGAGUGGUCUCUUAUAUCUCAUGGUGACACCCCCGACCCCCCCCCCCCCCCCAACAUCCCCAACAUCCCCAACAAAAUUCAGCUUAUGAACUAAAGUUUGGAAAUCAAAAACAAAAUAUUUGACUUUGAAAAUAAUUUCUUUUUAACUGCAUCGUGAUUGGUGCUCAUCGAUCUGUUUUUUUUUUUUAAAUCUCAUUGAGUGAAGUUUAACUCUGGAACGUAUUCUGGUUGAUUUAUAUUAAAGACACAAAGGUCAAAAGGUCGAAUUUUUGGCCCCCCCCCAGCACACGACGCUGCAGACUGAGAAAGCCCCCCGUCAGUGCACACAUCAGAUCCAAAUGUUGGAAACUCAGUUUGAGUCACUUUGAGUUCUUUUUAAUUUAAUUUAGAAUGUUAUUUAUUACCAUGCUGCUAAACGCAGCAUUAAAGGUACUUCCAUGUUGAGCUGAGUUUGUCAUGUUGGAAUAGAAGUUUUUCUAACUACAGAAACUCUGACGUGUUGAAGUCAAACACAGCAGAGUCUUUCAGGGACGGCUCGAGGUGUGUUUACAUGUUGUUUCUUUGUCAUAACUUUUGGGGUUGAAGGUCAGAGUCUGCUUGAAACCUGAUCCACAGAGUUCGUCCGACCUAAGUCGUGCGUUUUGUUCAGACCAAAAGCGAAGCCUGAGUUUUGGCACUUUUACGAUUGCGUACAAGCUCAAUGAAAAGGAUGCUGAAAGACCUUUAAUUGGCGGCGUGCACGAGACUCUCCUGACGUCCUGUCGUUCGAUCAGAAGUUGUCAAACUAAACUCCAUAAAAAAAAAACAAGCAUUUUAAAAGUUGCUUGCUUUGUGUUUCUUGCAGACAGAGUUGGCAAAGCAUGAAUUCAGACAUUUCACAAAUCUGCAUCACAACCUAGUUACUUCAGCAUCCUUUCCUCCUCCUGUUUGUGAUCUUUUAAUCACAGUCAAAUCUGUGAACUUUAGGGGGUUUUUAGUGCUUAAAGGAAGAAUGUGCAGAAAUCCAGUUUGUCCUCUGAAAAUGUCUCUCUGAGUUGUGGCUGUCAACAAAGAGAGAAGCGCGAGUCCCGCUGUCUGCCAUGUUUCCGGAGCUGUGUUUACAUCAUGUUUACAUUGACGGGAUGGCCGGUGUAUAAAAGCUGUUUAAGUCAAGGACUAGAGAAGAGAAGAAGAACAUACUCACUGAUUAUUUAAAUGUCAUGUAAGCCUUUUUAGAUCACGCUCAUUCCGUGUAAUUUUACAUACAAUGUGAAGCUACGAGCUAACUAAAAAGAGUGCUACCAGAAGCCUGCUAACACAACAAUGCAGCUCGAGACACGGACUAUUUUGUCCUGAACCCGGGUCCUAUCCGAAAGGCCGUUUGCGCUUAGCGCUUAAUGCUUAAUUAUGGUGCGUUCUAAUUCAUAACUCUUUUGUGCAAACUCGAGUAGACAGGGGUUGGAGGUGUGUCGCCAAACAGCAGUUUGUUUUGGUUUCAGGCUGGUGCUCAAGGGCGACACCUACUGGAUCAGAAAGUCGCACAUUCUUCCUCUUAAGUUAGACACUGAGCAGGAACGUGAAUCUAGAAAAGUUCCUUGAGAUUGAGGGAAAAUGAAAUGUUGUUAUGAACCCCAACAAGAUGGUUUUUAGAUUUUUGAUGUGUCUACAAAGGUGAAUAUUUGUUGCUCAUGUUCAUUAAAUGUUAAUUAGCUCACACUAGAUACACAAGGCAAAAGAUGUGCUUCACUUUUGGUCUAAACUUUACAGCUGCUGGUUCAGUACAGGUUCGGGUCUCCUGCAGAGCUCUUCAUUCUACUGUGACAUUUUAGCCUAGAAUCUAAAACAGGCGUUCAUGUGGGUUUUUUUUUUUUUGUCCUGCUUUAUCAGUAAUGAAGUUAAACGGGCCAAACAGCCACAGAUCAGUGAGCGUGUCUGAUGAAUGUUUAAUUGUGUUUUCUGUUUUGUUUUCUGAACUUUUGUGAUGUAUUUGUACUGAAAAAUCACUGCACUGUCUAAGAAAGACCAAAAAAAACAGGAGAGAGGAAAAAAAAAAAAUCAAUGUUGGAGACAACCACAGGAUCCCAGAGGCGACCGGCCGCACCGACUGCUGUGGCGACAUUACCAAAAAACGAAAAAACAGUAGAAGAAGAAGGCUUACGGUCGAAGACUACUGAACUGCAUUUCACUGGAACAGGCUGGUGUUUGGAUGAACUGGAGUUUGAUUGAUUCAGACACUUGAGGGAGUUUUGUCCCAGCAGACACUGGGAACACUGGAGCUGGGACGUGAGCGCCCUGUGGGGGACACUUCCAUGAUGUCAAAACAGAGAUGGGGGAGGGGCAGGGCACAAACGCGUCUGAAUGCUGCGCACCGAAGGACUGAUGAAGAGGGAAUGUGUGCGCAGGGAAACAAUAAAGUAGUAAUCUGUCAUUUUUGUGCAGUCAACUGUUAAUAAAACAGUGUGGGCGGGGCUUA